AUGCCCCAAAUGUUUGAAAUUAAGCGCAAGCUUUUAUCACGUUCUGAUCGUGUUAAAUGUCUGGACAUGCAUCCUGUCGAGCCCUGGAUGUGUACGGCACUUUAUAGUGGGACAGUUCAUAUUUGGAAUAUUGAGACUCAGAAUAUAAUUAAGACUUUUGAGGCAGGCUCAACCCCUGUGCGUGCAGCUAAAUUUAUCGCCCGUAAGAACUGGAUUAUCUUAGGCUCAGAUGAUAUGCAGAUACGCGUUUUUAAUUAUAAUACUCUCGAGCGUGUCCAUCAAUUUGAAGCCCAUUCAGACUACGUGAGAUCAAUUGUUGUGCAUCCGACGCAGCCAUUCAUCCUCUCUAGCUCGGAUGAUAUGCUUAUAAAACUAUGGGAUUGGGAUAAAAAUUGGGCUUUAGCACAGACUUUUGAAGGCCACUAUCAUUACGUCAUGCAGUUGGUGAUAAAUCCAAAAGAUAACAACACUUUUGCUAGCGCGUCGUUGGAUAAGACUGUAAAGGUCUGGAGCUUAGGAUCUUCUCAUCCUAAUUUUACUUUGGAGGGACACGAUAAAGGAGUGAAUUGCGUUGAUUAUUACAUCAGUGGAGAUAAACCAUAUUUGGCUAGUGGGGCUGAUGAUAGGACUGUAAAAAUUUGGGAUUAUCAAACAAAGUCUUGCGUUCAAACUCUAGAGGGACACUCCCAAAAUAUCAGGUUAGCAUCUCAUGCUUCUUCAUAA